AUAAUGCAUAUGCAUGCCCAAGCAAAGCUCUAGUUGCAAAAGAAACAUGGGGAUCAAUUGUGGUGUUCCUCUUCCUUGCAUUUUCUAUGCUCUUCAGCUUUUUCUGUUGGCUCUCCAUGUUAACACUUCUUUGGCAGAGAGAUCCACUUAUAUUGUCCACAUGGACAAGUCUUUCAUGCCCAAAUUCUUCACUAGCCAUCAACAUUGGUAUACCUCCAUUGUUGAUUCCUUCAAAACAGAAAUUCAAACCUCAUCCGAUAGCCACAGCUUCUCACCAUCCCUUUUAUACACCUAUGAUAAUGCAUUGCAUGGUUUUUCUGCAUUUCUGUCUGUAGAUGAACUCGAGACCCUCAAAAAGUCCCCGGGUUUUGUUUCAGCUUAUAAUGACAAAAAAGUCACAGUUGACACCACCCAUACCACUACAUUCCUCUCCCUCAACCCUUCCACAGGUUUGUUACCUGCUUCGAAUUAUGGUGAAGACAUCAUUGUUGGUGUCAUUGAUAGUGGGAUCUGGCCAGAGAGCGAAAGCUUCAGAGAUGAUGGUCUGACCAAGAACAUUCCAGCUAAGUGGAAGGGAAGAUGUGAGGUUGGACAAGAGUUCAAUGCCUCUUUGUGUAACAACAAAUUAAUAGGAGCAAGAUACUUUAACAAGGGUGUGAGGGCUGCAAACCCCGGUGUCACACUUAGCAUGAACUCUGCUAGAGACUCUGAAGGCCAUGGGACUCACACAUCCUCGACCGCUGCAGGGAACUUCGUGAAUGGGGCAUCUUAUUUCGGUUAUGCUAAAGGAACAGCUAGAGGUGUAGCACCACGUUCCAGGGUUGCCAUGUACAAGGUCCUUUGGGAUGAAGGUAGAUAUGCCUCUGAUGUUCUAGCAGGCAUGGACCAAGCUAUUGCGGAUGGUGUGGAUGUUAUUUCAAUCUCACUGGGCUUUGAUGACACGCCAUUGUACGAGGAUCCCGUAGCAAUAGCAUCCUUUGCCGCUAUGGAGAAGAAUGUAGUAGUUUCAUCUUCAGCCGGAAAUGAAGGCACAAAUGGCCUUGGGAAAUUGCACAAUGGCAUCCCUUGGGCCCUGACUGUUGCAGCUGGCACGAUUGACCGCUCAUUUGGUGGAACAUUAAGUCUUGGUAAUGGUUUAACCGUUCCUGGAUUUACCUUGUUCCCAGUAAAUGCUCUGAUAAAUAAGCUUCCACUGGUUUACAACAAGACAUUAUCAGCUUGCAACGACACAGAACUAUUGUAUACUGGCCCCAAUGCAAUCCUCAUAUGUGAUGACAUUUCGGAUAUCUAUGGUCAAAUAUCUCAUAUCAUUGCUGCAGAAGUGCUUGGAGCUGUCUUUAUUUCGAACGAUCCUUAUAUUCAUGAAUUAGGACGUGUUAGAGCUCCUAUUGUUGUGGUAAGUCCAGAUGAUGCACCAGCUCUAUUCAAAUAUGCAAAGAGUGCUGAACCUAUCGUUAGCAUGACAUUCCAACAAACAUUCGUUGGGACAAAGCCUGCACCGGCUGCUGCAUUUUAUUCUUCAAGAGGUCCUUCAUCAAGUUAUCCGGGUAUCUUGAAGCCGGACAUAAUGGCACCGGGGUCAUUAGUUUUGGCUGCCUGGCCUCCGAAUGUAGAAGCUGCCAGAAUUGGUCGAAAUGUGAUGUUACCAAGUGGCUAUAAUUUGAUAUCUGGAACAUCCAUGUCUUGCCCUCAUGCCUCAGGCGUAGCUGCUCUACUGAAAGGUGCACACCCUGAAUGGAGUGCAGCUGCCAUUAGGUCUGCUUUGGUCACCACAGCCAACCCAUUAGACAAUACUCAGAAUCCGAUUCGUGACAAUGGUGACAAUUUCAACUUUGCUACACCUCUAGCUAUGGGAGCAGGCCAGAUUGAUCCUAAUAGAGCACUUGAACCCGGUUUGAUAUAUGAUGCAACCCCACAAGACUAUGUCAAUCUCUUGUGCUCCACAAAUUUUACCCGGAAGCAAAUCUUAGCCAUCACUAGAUCACGUGCCUAUGAUUGUUCUAACCCAUCUUCUGAUCUGAACUAUCCCUCCUUCAUUGCUUUGUAUGAUCCUCGUCAUCACACAAGGAAACUAAGGAUCCAAAAAUUUCAGAGGAUAGUAACAAAUGUGGGAGAUGGUGCAGCUAAGUACAAGGCUUCGGUGACAGCUCCAAAGGGCUCUACAAUAACAGUGUCACCGGAGACAUUGUUCUUUUCAGAGACAUAUGAGAAGCGAAGCUACACUCUUACUAUAAAUUACAAGGGAGAAAAGAAAGGAAAUGUGUCAUUUGGUGAACUUGUUUGGGUGGAAGAAAAUGGAAAGUACCAUGUCAGGAGCCCCAUUGUAGUGUCACCUCUUGUUUAGUGUCUUGAGUGAAUGGUGUUGCAUGUCUAGCUAUGAAACUCAAGAGGUUCAGAUCAGUAUUACAAUUAAAUAAGAGCUGAGCAUUUAAACAUAUGUUUAUCGUAACCUCUUGUAUUUCUUAUUUCUAAUGGAAUUGAUUAUUAGUUUGUUCUGAAAGUAGGAGUAAUAUGAAAGAAU